AUGCAAGAGAUAUGCAACACAGCCGCACUGCCGCUCGACAGUAACCCUUUAGUGCGUAAAAUAAAAUGCGAAGAGUUCCCUGUGAGGGGCAAGCAAUCCACAAGAGUUGGCAUGGGGGUGCGCGAUGAAAUGGAAGAGGAUUUCGCAGUGAAGGCGAGGAACACUCCACCGAUGGGGCCUGCGCCGGGGCAGGAGCAUCGCAUGGAGCAUGGCGGCAACGGGUUCUGGCUGGCGGCGGUCACUGCAGCCGGGGCGCCGCAUCCAAUGCUCGAAACUUGCACAGAAACCGGCUUCAUCAACAGCCAACCGUCUAUGGCCGAGUUCAUGACGGCCCUUCCACAGCUCGGUGGAGGAGAACUCAGCCCACAGCACACCCCUCCAGGAUACGGCCCCGAUUUACCUUCACCUGGUGGCGGCUUAAACGUACCUGAGUAUCCGUGGAUGAAAGAGAAAAAAACGACCCGAAAAAGCAGUCAACAAGAAAAUGGACUUCCACGGAGAUUGCGAACAGCAUACACAAACACACAGCUAUUGGAGCUAGAGAAAGAAUUUCACUUUAAUAAAUAUCUAUGCAGACCUAGGAGAAUCGAAAUUGCGGCGUCUCUCGACCUCACAGAGCGACAGGUAAAGGUGUGGUUCCAAAACAGACGCAUGAAACAUAAACGUCAAACACUAAGUAAAAGUGAAGACGGCGAUGACAAAGACUCGACAACUUCAGAGGGAGGCAAGAGUAAAACAGGGCUUGAUAAAUUCACUGAUGAUGAUGGACCACUGUCAGGGAAGAAAAGUUGUCAAGGUUGCGAAUUACCUCCGGGCGCCUUGUGCUCCCCAACUGAAGAUAUACCCGAAUUAUCAUCGCGUACACGAAACAAUAAUACACCCAGUGCAACUAACAACAAUAGUUUUGCAAGCGACGGAGCGUCUAGCGUCGCCUCAUCAUCAUCGCUUGAUAAGCUAGCUGAAGAAGAUUCGAGGGAUUCACAUCCACCAAACAUUUCUGCUCCUCGUAACUUAGCAAAACGUAUCAAACAAGAAGCAAGGAAACGGUCACCAUCACUUGAUACAAUUGGCUGCAAAGUUUCACCAUCUUCCUCUAAAGAUGGACUGAUUGGCAUCGGUGGGUUAACGGAUGCAGGAAAGUUUUCUUCUGUUAACCUUACUCCUUCUUCGACACCAGGAACUCCAUCCAGCAUGCAUCAAAGUCCCCUCGGUCAUUAUGCGCGACCUUCUCCCCCUAAUGUUCCUCCCGGUCCACCGCAUCAAGCAGUUCCAAAUGCAAUACCACCAUACGUUAUUAGAGGUAACGCUCCUCCUGGACAAUUUGUACCUCAUCCUGAUUUCCGCAUGGACAGCAAACAGUUUGUAGGUAAAUUAGCACAAUAUCCCCAGGGAUCCAGAUCCUACGAAGGCUACACUGCAGGGUUACAGGGCAAUGAUCAACACACCUACUCUAGAAACCAUCAAAGUGUAAGAACAGACGGCUCCCCAUCCGCGCGGUCUACUAAUGGAAUAGCGACAAGGCAAACAUACCCGCACGAAAUGUAUCAAAAUUAUAGUUACUCUAACUACGCAAAAGAUCAAGCUGGAUAUGGACAUCCUGGAUAUGACCAGGCACAAGGUUACUCAAGUGAACACAUGGCUUACGCUAACAGCCAUUACGGAUACCAUUAUCAUGAGGGUGGGCCGAAUGAGCACAGCUACUAUGCAAGUGAUGGACAGAAACCUGCCCAUGGUGCGGAAUACGCAAAAGGUUCCUACUACGACGGAGCUGCAUAUAGCGGCCAAAGCAGCGGUGCUACAGCAAGCACUUAUGCCGGAACUCAAACAAGCGGCGAAACAUACGCUGGCAACAGCGAUUGUAAUGACAGUUACAGCUCUUUUCAACAAUUUUACGAGGCAUCACACGCUGCGCCUACAGGUGCUGCAGGUGAUAAUUCUAAUUCCUCAUCAGACUUCCACUUCCUUUCUAACCUCGCUAAUGAUUUUGCUCCUGAGUAUUACACCAUUUGAGAUAAGGAUUUCGCCGAACAGGCGGGUAACCUUUUUGUAUAGAAUAAACCCAAUAACAUCUACCAAUGUUUGCAACAUUAACCAGAAUAUCAGAAAUGGAAACGGACGUUAUUUCUGAUGAAUAAAUUAAAUUUUUAAACAUCGCCUAAGGCGUUAGUUCUUGGUAUCGCCUAUAAUUUAUAUAAAAGUAACAGAUACGACUUACAUAAUAAGUAAUCAUGUAUUAAAUUGUAAAUACCUACACAUAUUUACUUCUAGUGUUUAAUUGAUAUACAUAGUUAAAUAUUUUACAUCCACAAUAAUACAGGAUAAUGAUUUAUUUAUAUUCGAAUAUGAUUCAUAAAUAGCUAUAUGAUCUCAAAAACAUUACUCAAUUUAUAGUAAUUAUACUAAAUAUAAAGCCCGCUUCAUUGUUAAUAUAACAUUUUCCAUUACUUUGUAGUCGUCUGAAAAACCCAGGAAGACUACAAUUUCAUACAAAUAUUGCAAGUUAUGCAUUGUGCGGCCGUAACAUUGUAAAUUUGUUAAUAAUGAAUUUAAAAUAUUAAAAUUAAUGUUCACAUGUUCACGUUUAACAAGAAUUAAACUUCUUUAUUAUAAUAU